AAAGUGAAAAGGAAAAACAAAACACUGUCACUUUCACUUUCCCAUCCCCCUCAAUCAACUCUACCUCCGGCACCAAUUGGAAAUGGGUUUCGAUAGCAAACAAAAAAAGCGCAAGGGUAAUUAAUCAGUUCCUCCCCUUCUCCCGUCCUAACUAAAAAUUGUGACUAGCCGCAAAACCCGCCCUCUCCCCAAUCGCGAAAAAGACAAAGGUCGAUGCGGACAGAAAAAAGAAAUCUGCUACGACCGCGCCCAUCGACGUCACUGCCUCUGCCGUAAAGCCCUCUCCAAAGAGGAUGAAGGCUGUUGACUUCCUUUCAUCUGAUGACGACGACGAGGAAGCCUGGGCUGGGAUUGUUGAUGACAAGGGAAAGGGGAAGGCUGCCAAAGCUAAUAAGAAAGAGAAUGUGAAAAAGAAGGGGAAGAAGGAGAAAAGGGUCGAGGCUAAAGAGACUAAGACCGCCGAACCCGAAAAGAAGGUUUCCGCCACUUCUACUGACGCCGGAGACGAUGGUGUCAGUCCUGAUGGCGAGGAAGAGGAAACGAUACUGCUUGAUGCCUCUGGCGGCCCCGAUUCGGAUGAUUCUGAAGCCGAGGAGGCCGACGAUCAUACAAUGACCCUACUGAAAGGGUUUGAGAGCAGUGACGAUGAAGAAUGGGACGAGAGGGGGGCGGGGAACAGUAAAUUGAAGGAAAUUGAUGGAGCGAGGUUCAAAGGAGCCAAGAUCCCUGGGGACAAUAAGACAAAAAAGAAGCUGGGGGCUUUGGUGGGGAGAGUGAAGGUUUGUUCAAUUCUUUAUAUUUUCUACCCUUUCCAAUUGCAUCAAUCGGGACGAGCUUUUCUUCCCUAUGGCAUCUAUGAUGAGAAAAAAAUAAAAAUCGAUUAGUCUUUAAGACACCUACAUGGUUACUAAACCCGAUAUUUGAGUUGCUUUUUCCUCUACUCGAUUAUGCUCUUUUCCAUAGCCUACAUAGCGCAAAACUAAUCCGCACCCCCUCCCAGUCAAUCCCCGGCAUCAUCUACCUCGGCCGCAUCCCCCACGGCUUCUACGAACACGAGAUGCGCUCCUACUUUUCACAAUUCGGCGAAAUCACCCGUCUUCGCCUCUCGCGCAACAAACGCACCGGAAAGAGCAAGCACUACGCCUUCAUCGAGUUCGCGGAUGCCGACGUAGCCACGAUCGUCGCAGACACGAUGAACAACUAUCUCCUCUUCGGCCACAUCCUCAAGUGCAAAAUCGUACCUAGGGACGACAUCGAAGUUGCCGAGAAGCUGUUUAUCGGCGCUAACAAGCGCUUCAAACCCAGACCUGGCGCAAAGUUGCAGAAGGCGGAGCUCAAGAAGAAAAGGACGAGAGAGGAGUGGGAGAAGAAGGAGAAGACUGAGAAUGCUAAGCGGAAGGGGAUCAACAAGAGGUUGAAGAGUAAGGGGAUUGACUAUGAGUUUGAUGCUCCGAUGGUUAAGACACCGGUUCCUAAGGAUGCGCUAAUAGAAGAUGCGACGAAAGCUGUUGAGGCGCCGCCAACUGAGGAGGUUGAAGCAAUAGAGGCUGCGGUAGAGGUUGAGAAGACUGUCACUCCCACUGCAAACGAAGCCGCCAAAAAGGCUGACAUGGAAGAGACCGUUGAGAAGGUUGAGGAGGUUGAGGUCGAAGAGAAGGUCGCUAAGAAGGCGAAGAAAGCAAAGACCAAGAAGCCGACCAAGAAAAAGAAGUCUUCUGUAGGGGUAUAAUUUGUAUUCGGGAGUCAAAACUUCUUUUUGUCUGCAUUUCUCUCUCUUGGACUGUAAUAGUACAUAAGGCCAUUCACAUCCUAAUUAAUGCCGGAGCAUGCCUGCAUUAUAAUCGAGAUGCUGUCAGCACGAUAAAAGACAUUGAUUAGUUCUGAUAUCGAUUG